GCUGGCGUUUACCGCAGAGGGGAGGAAAGCGUGGUGCCACUCCCUUUAUGACCGGUUCCUUGAGCGUGGCAUUGCUUUUACCAGGCUUAACGUCCAGUAAUACCGUCCAAUCUACGAGAUGACUUCCCACGUGUUCUAUAAUGGCACCGUUCAAUCCAGUGCCCCUGAUUCUACAGCCGAGAUCGACCGUAUGCUUCGCAGGGACGGCUUGUCUGUACCAACAGAGGAUGGCAAAAGCUACUGGAUCCACAGCGCGAUUGGUUUCUUGGACGUCGGACAAAGAGCAACUGAUUCUACCUCUUCAAAGUCGAUCUACAAUACCCACGAGGCGCUUAUUGCCCUUGUGCUCGCAUAUCAGCUCUGGCAGGGGGGCAUUCGCGCCCCAGAUAUAAUGAUCCUCUCACCCUACCGGGGUCAAGUUCAGACUAUCAUGCGGUAUCUCGCUGCUCCGCGGUUUGCCGAUAUUAGGACCUGUCGUGUCAGAACAGUGGACGAGUCACAAGGGAGUGAAUCCAAGGUAGUGAUUGUGACGUUUGCCCGCAACACGGGCUUCCUACCUACGUUCAUUCAUACAACACAGAGAGUCAACGUUAUGACGUCCCGUGCGCAGCAAGCGGUUUUUUUUGUGGGGGAUUGGGCCUGGGUGACCAAGAAGUUGCCUGGUACUCGCGGAAACAAACUUCUCGAGGCGAUGUCAUUCUAUCAGACUGCAAGUGGCAACGGCUCGCAGUUCCGCAUCCGCGCUUCUUGAUGCGUAUACUCGUAUCUACUACCUAUGGGGGAUGCAUGGGGUACCCGAAGCGACAAUAAUGUGACAACUGGAGGUAGUUAGUUAGUACUGAAACAAUGAAUCAGGAUACCAAGACCACAAAGUCCUGGGUCUAUUUGAGAGAAAAACCGAAGAAACAACAGGCAGUAUCUUUGAAUAGGUGGUAUUUCUGCCUUGAG